AUGACUCGACGAUGGACAUUGAAUGGCCAAAGUGGCUUUGAUAAAUGCCUCAAGUAUGAGGUGAACGUCCCGAAGUCGAGCCUGCUUGGCCAAAACGAAGUUUUGGUGGAACUACACGCCGCCAGUUUGAACUAUCGUGAACUUGCAAUUGCAGACGCUGAGGGAUCAGCAGCCCGAGCAGGCCCAAUUCGGCCCAACGUUGUACCCGGCUCUGACGGUGCAGGAAUCGUGAAGGAAGUCGGGGCGUCUGUGUCGAAUUUCAAGCCAGGUGACCAUGUCAUCACCCAUCUCGCACCAAAAUUGGCCGAAAGAUCUGGAGACGAAGAAUUACCCGCCUAUUCCGAUAUCGCAGAUGGUCUCGGUCAGGUUGUUGAUGGAACAUUGCGAUCAGAAGGCGUUUUCCCAGAGACUGCACUUGUUCUUGCUCCCAAGUCUUUGAGCUGGUCGGAAGCUGCGACAUUGACAUGCAGUGGACUCACAGCUUGGAACUCGCUGUUUGGUCUCAAAGGCAGGGAGCCGGGUCCCGGUACUUGGGUUCUCAUCCAAGGAACAGGCGGUGUGAGUAUCGCCGCACUGCAACUGGCUGUUGCAUCUGGUGCGACUGUUGUUGCCACAACCUCAUCUGGAGAAAAGGCCAAACGAUUGGAAGAUCUCGGUGCUAUGUACACCGUCAGUUACCGUGAGAACCCUUAUGAUUGGGGCAUGAAAGCUAGAAGUGUUACUCCGAACCAGAGCGGGUUCGACAUUGUUGUCGAUAUUGCCGGAGAUGACUCUUUAGCCCAAUCAAUCUCAGCAGUUAGAACCGACGGCGUUGUUGUGGCAGCGGGCAUUGUAGGUGGACAAGCUAAGCCUGUACCAAUGUUGGCUGCCCUUGGGCGCCCGUGCAUUGUCAGAGGUGUACUCUUGGGCAGCAGGAAUCAAUUCCGAGAAAUGAUUCGUUUCGUGGAAGACAAAGGCGUAAAGCCAGUUGUUGACGACGUAGCGUUUGAGCUCGCUCAGGCUAAGGAUGCGUACGCUCGACUGAAAGCGAAGAAGCAUUUCUCUAAAGUUGUCAUCAAGAUAGACCAUUGA